CUGUCAUGUGAUCAGCUGUGUCCAAUCACAGCUGAUCGCAUAAGGGACAUCUACACUGAUCAUCAGAACACUGAUGAUCAAUGUAGCCCCAUCAGUGCCACCUGUCAGUGUCCAUCAAUACCACCUGUCAUUGCCCAUCAAUGCAACCUGUCAGUGCCCAUCAGUGCACAUCAAUGCCACAUAUCAGUGUCUACUAGUGCACAUCAAUGCCACAUAUCAGUGCCCAUCUGAGCUGCCUAUCAGUGCCACCUAUCAG